CAGCCCAGCAGCUUCUCUGUGGGCAUCCUGCAAAGCUCUGGCCCUGCCCGGCACCAAAAAAAUGGAUGUUGCAAGCUGGACCCUGGUGCCUGCCCUGAGACACCUCCUGUUUCGAGGACGGCGGCGGUACCGGUCCAGGUUAAUGAGAGCACGGCACGAGGUGCUCCUGUGCAGCUGUGCCUCUGAGGCCCUCUGCACGGCCCCUUCUUCGACGUGACAGUCAAAAGAUGUAGGAGCUUGUUCUGGUGCCUUACGCUGUGGCCACAGCAACAGCCCAGCUCCAAAAACACCUCGGGACAUCGGUGCCUUUCUGCCAACCCAAAUCUCUUGGAGAGGUCGGUGGGUCCCCUGCUUCACCCGAAUAUCAAAAGCAAGCUGCUAAGCAGGGCUGGAACGUGAGGACCGUGUGCGUGCCUGUCGCCUGCAGCGAGGCAGAUCUCUUGUACGUCCGAGGCAGGCUUUUCUCCACGGCAUGGAGAUGCAUUUGAAUAGAUGCAAAGACUGGGCCAAGAUCAGCGCUCCUGCAGAGUAUGUGAAAAUCACGGGAACCCCUUCCCAUCGCCUCGACUGUGGCCGGACAAGCUCAGGUAACAGCCCCUUGUUCAAGGAAGCCUGACGGCCUAUUGGGCACUGGAACGGGGCAGAGCCCUGGGGUGCUGGCAGAAGGACAGAGUGCCCUGAGGUCUUCUGACGAGCGUCUGCAAGCCAUGAACGAUGUGGCAUGCAGGCGAUGCCCUGGCUUGUGAGCACUUGGCUCUGCCAGCUGCUUUGGCAGUGCAUGCAGGCCCUGCUGGGGAAAGGACUGUGCAAGGAGCCUGCAACAAGGACCUCUGCUGACACCAAAAUUGGCUGUGGCCCAGCUUCUCACACCAGUCCGGCUCGCUCCAGCGCCGAUGCUGCCCCACAGUGGCUGCAACAGUGAAAGGUAGCUUGAAAUUGGACUCAGACUGGACUGGACUAGGGGCAGGAGCCUGGUCCUGGGAGCCUGCCAGGUCCCCUAGGCUGGCAGAAAGGGCCGUCUGGCUCUUGCUCCAAGGGACCAAAGGAUGGAGGAAACCCUUACCUCAACUCAUGACCCCCUGCACAUAAGCCAUCUGGGGAAGCGCUCCUUGAUUGCAUUCAACGGCUCGUAUCUGUAACACAUCCAUCUUCGAGGAAAGACGUCCCUGCAAAGCCCCACCGAGAUGUAACAGCUGGGCCCGGCUGUUCCUCCUCUGCAGUCUCAGAAAAAUGUGCCUCUUCCCAGCUUGGCUUUGGCUCAGACUGAGGUUGCCUUCCCUCCCUAGAUAAAGAGCCCUCCAGGAUUUGUAUUUUUUUUUCCCAUGGGGGCUUCCAUACACAGUAAUCAAGCCACUUCUCAGUUGUUUUGGUGAGCCGUAUUAAACUCUACAUUUCUCACUGCUGGGCACUAGCGCCAUUAGAUUAUUUUUAUGACUUUCUUGCAACUUUUGGAUUGCUGAAUGUCCUCUUUUUUUUUUUUUUUUCCUUUAAAAGCCCAGCCCACAAGUGCUGCACAGUGCUUCUGGUGUCUGAUUCACCAGCACCAUUCCCAAGCAAAACCCAAGAUCUUCCCUAGAGCACGUCGGGGAGGCCCUGCCCCAUCCUGUGCCCCGUAUCCUGACCUCUGCCACCCCAUCUUCCUCGGGACCGUGUGCAGUACAGGAUCACUGGCCUCCCUAAUGCAUCCACCUUCAUCCCAUUCCCAUUUCUGUUGUCCAGCCAGAUCCAGGUCAUUGCUUCCGCCCUCCCUGCGAUGAAACGCAAGCUGUCUUGCAGUGUCCUCCAGUUUCCCUGGUAUUCUGCUCUUCAUUAAAAAUUCUCAUCAGCUGAGCUCCUGGGUCCGAGCCUAGACCUGCUGAUUUUAAAUAUUUAUCUCUCAUAGCUGAUCUGACAUCCUCCUCCCUUGCUAAUGGGCUAGAAAGCACUUCAGUGCACCUGGGUGGGAAGCGUAAAUCAUCUUGCUGCUUGCCAAACACAGAGCAGAGACUGAAUGUGUCUCCAUGCCGGUAUUGGUACCAAUUUUGCCAUUUUUCAGCUCAUAAUACGUCUGUGUCAUGGCUGAGGUUUCUUUUGUUCCUAAAACUUCCACAUGCAAUUGAAAAGUCGGUGCCUGGAAAUACAGCACAAGCCUGGUUCUAAAUGGGAGCUGUUUAGAAAAGAAAAGUGAAUGAAACGUGAAGAACUGAGGCACAACUGGGUGUAAAUUUUUAUACUCAGAUGUGAUUUUUUUUUUCCUCAUUACUCAGCUGCACUGAGGAGGGAGGGUAGUAAAGUGCCGUGCCUGCUCGUUUCCACGCGAGCGCUCGUGGCGGCCGCAAAGGUAACUCCUGUGCGGCAGACCGUCCCCAGGGACCACGGUGCGUGCAGAAGCGACCCUGGGCUUUGAACCUACCUCGAGGUUGAGCUCGCUCGCUGCCUGCGAUGCCCCAUCACUUUGCAGCUGUGACGCAGAGACACGGGGUGCUCCGAGCGUCACAAGCGGCAUGCAGAUCGUGCCCAAAUGUAGCUGCCACGUGUAGAUGGCCCCCGUUGCUUUCCUGUGCCCAGAUCCUCCUCCUCAGUGUCUGCCAUGUGCCUGACUCUCCCCAGGAUGAACCAGGCCCCCACGGUGGGGUUCGAAGGCGACGUGGGGAGUCGGACCACUCAUCACUUCAUGUACCCGGAAAGUGCCAAGAACCUGCCUGCCAAUGUCAGCUUUGUGCUGGUGCCCUUCAAAACCCUGGACCUGCUCUGGAUUGCGAGUGCCCUCUCCACUGGCCAGAUCAGAUUCACGUAUGCACCCGUGAAGCCUUUUCUGCGGGUGGACAAAGAAAAGGUGCAGAUCUACAACCCUGCCUUCUUCAAGUACAUCCACGACCGCUGGACGGAGCACCAUGGGCGAUACCCCUCCACCGGCAUGUUGGUGCUCUUCUUCGCGCUUCAUGUUUGUGAUGAGGUGAACGUCUUCGGGUUCGGUGCUGACAGCCGAGGCAACUGGCACCACUACUGGGAGAACAACCGCUACGCCGGGGAGUUCAGGAAGACCGGGGUGCACGAUGCCGACUUCGAGGCUCACAUCAUCGACAUGCUGGCCAAAACCAGCAAGAUCGAGGUUUACCGGGGCAACUGAGGGGCCUGACGACUGCGAGUCCUCCAGCUUGCUUUUGCCAAUCAGGUUUCCGUGGCGCGGGGGGACUCCCGCAGCC